CUCUGUUUAUUCGAAUAAUUUUUCAAUUAUCUUUUAUCUUCAUAACAUUACAUUAUGUCACAAUCGUUAAGACCCUAUUUAACAGCAGUUAGAUCGUCCUUGACUGCAGCCAUAUGUUUAGAGGACUUUUCGUCACAAUUGGUUGAAAGACAUAAUAGACCUGAAGUUGAAGUUGAUAAUAGUCACAAUCCAGAAUUAAUAUUAAAUCCCAUGAUAAUAGCCAGAAAUGAGAAUGAAAAAAUCCUAAUUGAACCAUCAGUUAAUUCUGUUAGAGUUUCGAUCAAAAUCAAACAAGCUGAUGAAAUUGAACAAAUUUUAGUUCAUAAAUUUACUAGAUUUUUAACCUCAAGAGCUGAAAAUUUCUUUAUUUUAAGAAGAGUUCCAAUAAAAGGUUAUGAUAUUUCGUUUUUGAUCACUAAUUUCCAUACUGAACAAAUGUUAAAAGAUAAAUUAGUUGAUUUUAUCAUAGAAUUUAUGGAGGAUGUUGAUAAAGAAAUUAGUGAAAUGAAAUUGUUCUUAAAUGCAAGAGCCAGAGUUAUUGCAGAAGCUUAUUUAACUCCAUUUGAUUAA